GGGGGAAAUAAUGGACACCGGGGGAGAGGUGGUUCAUAUUCCAGGGCACAGACAAACAUAGCAGACCACAGAGUAAACCUUGAAACAGUAAAUAGAGUGUAACUAGAAGUGUUACAACAUUGUGCACCAAGUUUCACUUCCACCGCAACUCCUUCCUGGGCGGUGUUCGACACUCAACAACCAGGAGGUGUGAAAUAUCAUAAAUGCCCCUGAUCACGUUCUCUCCAUCCAUGUUUGAGAUGGAGUGGUCAGGCGAUGGCGAUGGCACAGACUACAGCACGACCUCGUCUCCGCCGCGACGCCCUGGUGAACCGAGGGGCGAGGGGUCCAGGGGACCCGCGGCGAGUGCUGGUGCGGACAUGGACUCGUUGUCGGAGGAACUGGAGGACGACCUCAUGUCUGACGACUUCUCUAUCCCUGAUUCAGACGACGACGACGAUGAAGACAAUAGACUAGACUCUACUGCAGUCAACAGGAGUGUGUUUUCGGCCUUGUCUCCUGCCGGAGUUAGCGUUGCGAGUGGUGGCGAGGUGUCGGGCCAUCACUCGGGGCUUGUUCAAACCCACCCGCAUCCCUCACCACGCAUCAUCGUGCGUAAGAUCUUCACCAACAGCCGAGAGCGUUGGCGACAGCAAAACGUCAGCGGAGCGUUCGCGGAGCUGAGGAAGCUGGUGCCCACACACCCGCCGGACAAGAAGCUCUCCAAGAACGAAAUCCUGCGGAUGGCCAUCAGGUACAUCCGUUUGCUGACUAACGUUCUGGAAUGGCAGAAGAAACAUCAGCCUCAAAUAACUGUUAACAACAGCAGCAACGCUAACAAGACUAACAAUGUGUGUAACAAUGGUCUUGAGGUGCAAGUGAAGUGUGAAGCUACGCUAUGCAACUCCUCGUUGAGCAACGGGACUUGUCCUGAGGGUGCGAUCGCUCGCCUGCAACAGUCUAUCCGCUGUCGCCACCACUUGUUGAUGCUGAAAGCCCCCCUCAUGUGUGACAGAAACGGGAAUAACCUGCUAAUGAUCGAGCACGGAUCACCGUUUGUGCCAUCCCCUACCCACAACAACAAAACACAUAAGACCAACCCAGGGAACGCCAGUGUGUUCCCUCGACCACAGAUAAAGGUUGAAAAGGAUGAAGACACAGCCAAAGAUGAUGAGGACAUCAGAGAUGGUGAAGACUUUGUAGUUCAGAAAAUGGGCAAUGCGACUGAUGAGAAAUUGUGCGUCGGUAUUUCACCCAAAACGUCAGGACUUGGUAGGAUGCAUAGCAGCAAUCUUCAUGUGGCAGGAGGACGUAGAACACCUGCCAAAAUCACAAAAAAUGUAGUUCCAUCGGCAUUUGUUCAUCAACAGAUGAGAAACAAAAAGACACGGGCACAAACUGGAAACGCCAGGGAAGUGCAAUGCUGGGCGACAAACUUCCAGUCGGAGAAGGAUAACAAGCUUUUGAACAAGAAAUAGGCAACGUUUUAGAUUACAUCUCUGAUGUUCUGAUCUAAUUGUUUUCUUUCAAGCCAUGAUUUGUAAUAUUUUCGAUUGAACUUCAUAGACCUAAGGUAAACCUUCAUUUGUGUAUGAUCUAAAACUUUCAUGACGAACCGAAUUAAUGAAACAUUCUCGGACUAUCAGCCAUGUCAAGUGCUUAAAACUCACCGACUUUUCUGGGACCGUCUCUGUUUCCGUUAUCAGGCUUUCACUGUUUUGACGAACUGACGUUUAUUUUAGUCCUGAGUUCUUUUUAUGGUUUUCCUCAGUCCCCCCUAGGCAAAUAGCGGGUUAAUAACUUAAAUUAAGUCACUUUGUGUUCCAAUUCUUUUGUAUUAGUUCAAUUUAUUAACCUUUCUGUCAAUCGACUUGUAGGUCUAGUCAGAAUAAAUGUUUCAGAGAGAGAAGUUACAGGAGAAUGUAGAAAAUAACUCAUUUGGAAGCUUCGUAAUUUUCACUUCAUAGAAUACGAAGAGGGUAAUCAGGUCAAGGAGGCUGAAGAUAGUCGGGCAUGUAGCAUGAAUUUGGAAGAUGAGAAAUAGGCUUUCACACAAAAUGUUAGCCGGAAGCAAAGAAUCUAAGAGAUGAUUUGAGACACGCAUGUGUUCAUGUGAGAAUCCAUUAAAAUACAUUUUAAGGAAAUU